AUGGCGUCUGGCUUGGAGGUGUCCUACUGCGCGGGGCCCCUGGGCGUGCAGAACGUGAGCAGCAUCGCCGUGGACCGGAUCCUCUUCCACCCCGACUUCGACAUGUGGCUCCUGGACAACGAUAUCGCGCUGGUCCUGGUCAGGGCGCCCAUGCAGCUGGGCACUGGUAGCAGCCCCGUGUGCCUGUCCAAGUUCGUGGACCUGAUGGAAUGGGGUGACUGCUGGGUGUCGGGAUGGGGGUCCACAGUCGCCAUGCGGAAGCUGGACGCGAAGCUGUACAAGGUCAAAAUUCGGCUGCUGGAGUGGGAGACAUGCCAGCAGCUCAUGCCCCAGGUCACCAGGAACAUGCUGUGCGCCGGGGACCCCCUGAAGGGGAAGGACGCUUGCAAGGGCGACAGCGGGGGUCCCCUGACCUGUGAGAAGACUAACCACAAAGGAACCUGGUACCAGCUGGGCAUUGUCAGCUGGGGCGAGGGCUGUGGCAGAAAGCCGGGCGUAUACACAAACGUGUCCAAUUAUCUGGCGUGGAUCCACACAGAAACCAGGCGGCUGGGAAAGCCCUUCAAGUUGAAGUCGGGGAACCUUCCACUCCUGUCCCCCUGGGCCAUCCUGCUCCUGAAUUUCCUCAUGUUCCUAUUGGUCCAUAACUAA